GGUUCUAAUCAAAUACUUUUUUCUUUCUUUUCUUAACAUAUUUAUAAACCAAUUGAAAUAGAAAAAUCCUACCAGAAUACAAAUCUAUCGAAUUUUAAUAUAUUUCGAUAGAUUUAUGGAAAAUAUCUGCACUCAAUUUGAUUAUUUUCAUCAUAUUUUGUAGUGAAAUUGUGAAGAAAAGUGAUAAAAAUCGAUAUUUGUCGAUAUUAAAAAAAUAUUUGAAUCUUGAUUUGAAUUUUGUAAAAAAAAUACUCAUAAAAUAAUAUCAAGGAACUUAUAAAAAACAAAAAAAUGGAGCAUCGAACGUUCAAUUCAAUAGAGGAAGAAUGUCAUUACUGGAAAGAACUCGCUAAACUCUGUACCCAAGAAAAACUUGAGUGUCAAAAGGAGUUUGAAGAUUUCACGGAGGAGUCAAGACAGCUUGAACGAGAACUUGAAACAAGUCUCUUUCAGAAUGAGAAACAAAUCCGCGAUUUAAAUGGAACAGUAGUGAAUUUAAAAGACGAAAAUGAUGCUUUAAGGCAAAGGCUAACAUUAUAUGAAAGAGACGCAAACGAAUAUGAGACGAGAAACAACCAACUUCUUGCUGAACGGGACUCACUUAAAAUGUACAUUCGGGAACUUGAACAGAAAAAUGAUGAUCUGGAAAGGACUAAUCGUGUAGUGAGUGAAAGUGUGGCAGGAUUUGAAGCCAUGCUUAAUCAAGCAUACGAGAAAAAUGCUAUGCUUGAAAUGGAAAUUGAUGAGAAAGAGCAAAUGCAAAUAAAUUUACAACGAUUAAUGGAUGAGGCGAGAGAUCUCAAGCAAGAAUUGAAAAUCCGAAAUAUUGCGAUACCACCUCGUAACCCAUUGUUUGAUACAAGUACAAUAAGCGCCUCGUCAUCACCAACUAAAUCCAACACUUCAAUGAACAGCAAUGUUAGUAAACUGAACGACAUUAAUGAUAGCAGAAAUAACAAUAAUCUAUCAUUGAAUGCGUCCAUGGAUAAAACAAACAACUCGAUGCUAUCACUCAACAAUUCCAGCUUUUUGGACACAACAAUUCAUAAUGUGAGCGGUGGAUCCACUAAAUCCGCAAGUUCUGUUCAAAAACCUCUUAUUAAUGACUCUUUACACAACAAGUCAUCAUCUAAUGUCCUUAAAUAUGAUUGCAGUGUCAAUAACAAUCCCAUUGCUGCAAGCACAAGAGUUUCAGCUUUGAAUAUUGUAGCUGACCUUUUGAAAAAAUUGGAUAACCUUGAAGCAAAGCUGAAGUCGUGGAAGACACAAAAAACACCUUCACAGAAACUUAUUGAAGCAACUGCGACGUAUAACAACAACGAGAACUCGUGUUCGAUAGACAAUCUUGAUAAGAUCCUAAAAAAAUAAUUUAAGUUAAAUACCAACAAUCAAAUGAAUCAGUACUUUUAUGAAGAUCAAGUUUAUACAGUAGACAAGAAAGGAUCUGUGAAAUUUGGAUUAAUCGUAGAGAAUGAAGUACCAAGUGAUGGAGAAUAUGAAAAUCAUUCAGAAUCGGAGAAAUUAUUACGAAAAGGAGAGCUGAGGAUUGUAUGGUAUCCUGAAGGAAAGGAUGAAAUAGUGUCAGAACGAAAUAUCGGUUUGGCAGAUCGAACAUUAAUGCCAGGCGAUGUCGUUCGACGAAUGACAAAUAGUGACACACAAAGAGGCUACUGUAGAGAGAUUCACGUCAAAGCAGAUCUUAAAAUUUUAGGAAAUUCCAAAUUUGUCAUUAAAGAUGUUUCAUCUGAGCGACUCGUACCAUUGUCAAUGCCACGUGAUAAUGCUGUAUGCUUAGAUUCAUGGGUCGGAAGUACAAAGAAUAUUGAUGAGAAGUUAACAUUAAAGUCAACUUGCGGAUCCGUACUAGAACUUCGUCCCGACAUUGAAUAUUUUCCAUUGAAAAUGAAGAAUAAUAAGUCAAUGUUCUCGAGUGCAAUGUUUUAUGUUGGACAAAUGUUAAUUGGUCCCGUAAGUGAACUUGAUAACGCCAAAUGGAUCACCCAAACACCUGAAAUGAGAACAAGUCGAAAGCACAAAACAGAUCGAAAGUUUAUUGUGCAAUCUGUUGACAUCGAUGGUGUUUACGUUCAUUGGCAGUGUAAAGCAUCAUGUGAAGACAGUAAUUCAACAGCAUCAGCAAAAGAUUCAGCAAUUCCCAAGAGUUACAUCACCGGCGAUGACUUAAAACGAAUGAAACGUUUGAAUCUGUUUGAAAGUUGCAUGCUACAAAUUAAUGAUAAAAAUUAUUUAGAGAUUUGCGAGAGUGAUGUGAUUGUUAGAAAAUCUCAAUGGAAGAAAGAACAAAGCAAUAAAUAUCGAAUUUUAAGUAACAAAAUGAAUCUGUCCAUAAACCAACAGAAUAGCAGCACAAAUGAAUUUGAUAAUCAAAAGAUAAAAUUAACAGAAUGUGAGAAAGCAAGUGAAUGUGAUCAUGUACGAAAAUCGGAAUGUGAUCGUACAAAAUUGUGUCCAUCAUCACCGAAGAAGUUUCUUGAAAGUGAUGAUUGGCAGACUGAAGAAGAGGAAGAAGAAGACGAUGAGAAUCUGUCAGAUAGUGGAACGACUGCUUCAUCAUGUUCAAGUAAUCCAACGCCAAAAGGUUCACCGAAGAAAUCUCCACUUUUAUCGCACAAAAUUAGAAAAUUAAAGAAACACAAGCAACGAGAUCCAAAAGAAGUUAAAAUUCCGCAAGUUAACGAUCGCGUUGUUACCGAAGCGCUUGUUGUAUACAGUUGGGCAACCGUUGUUUGGCAAGAUGGUUCCAUUGAAGGCGACAUUCCAUCAGUUGAACUCUGCCCAAUUCAUCAUCUUGAUGAUCACGAAUUCUUUCCAGCCGACUUUGUGUUGGCAGCAAACGACGCUGAAAAUCUGAAUCCAUCGUACCGUGACUAUGGAGUUAUUCAAAAAGUCGAUCAUUUAGGACGAAUCGCUAGAGUCAAAUGGUUCAGCACAUACACGAAUAUCGAUGAGCCAACGCCACUUUAUAAAGGUGCAUCAGAAGUCAGCGUUUACGAUCUUAAAGAUCAUCCCGACUUUCAAUAUCGACCUGGAACAAUUGUCAUCAGAGUCGCAAACUUUCCAACUGAAAACUGUGCAACUGCUGGUCAAGUUGUUGACAAUUAUCCAGAAGGAAGAGUCAAAGUGUGGUGGGUUGAUGGAACAAUUACAAUGUGUUGGCCUCAAGACUUGUUUGAAGUUGGGCAAUAUGAUUCCGAGAAUAAUUUCUGGGGAAAUGGCGGCGAUUCUGAUGAUGAGAGUUGGCAGACUGAAGAUGAAUUUAGUGAACCUGGUGGGAUGCCACAACAGCAACAUUUGACAGCUAAUUUAGAGCGAGCACGUAAAGCGAUGGCGCGUCUUGAAGAAUUGUUCAUAAUUAAUCCAAAUUUACAAUCACAAGAAGUUAUGAAGAAACUUUUGAUGGUUUAUAAGAAAUGUCGUUACUUGGAUCGAUUGAUGAACACUUCGUUCUUCCAUGAAUCGAACUUCAUGGGAUUAGUGGAGAGAGUAAGAAAGAGUGGAUCUCAAACGACAGCUGACAGACUUCUAGAGAAGAAAAAUCGAUUGUUCAAUGAAGUUCCAGUUAGUGGAUUGUUCGGUUGUCCGUCAGUUGCAGUUGAGAGCACAAAGCCAAGCACUAAGAAAAUUUCUCUGUUGGAAGCGACAAAGUAUUCUUCAAAUUCAAAUAGUCAUGAAGACAACAGCAGUUAUUGUAGCUUUGAAAGCACAAAAUCAUGUUUCCAAUCGUCAACACGUCAAACGAGUCAAGAAUCACCGACGAAGAAACAAAAUUUGUUGGUUGUUGCUUCAGAGGCUUGGAACAAACAAGGCAAAUGUAAUUUGUCGACAUCUUCAGACAUUUCAAGCAUAACUGACGACAAUGCCGAAUGUCAAAAGUUGUCUUUAAGUUCUUCACCAUCGUCUGCACAUAAAACGCCAUCACCAAAGCGAGUAAGUCGAGAUGAUGGUGAGAAGAACAGCACAGAUUCAGGAAUUUUAAUUACAUUGGAUAAUGGAUCGACGUCUGAAAAUUCCCGUCAAAUUAUCGAGACUUCUGAUUCGAUUUCGGGAAGUUUUGUCAUCACAGUUUGCGCUAAACUUUGUUCUCUCAUCAAAAUGCAGCUUGUGAAAGCUUUACAAGAGAUUAACAAUCGUUACUGUCCCAGUGAAACUUUUAAGGAGAUUGUUGAUCUAGAAAUGGAUACAAAAGUCAUUGCCAAAGCUGAAAGUGAGUUUGAUGACGAUUUAUCGUCACCUGAUGAAGUCAAAACGUAUGACAUUACUGAGAAUGGAGCAACAGUGAAAGUUGAUAAGAAAACAUUAAAAGAAAAAGUUGACAAUGAAGUUUUGCCAACGAAUGAAAACUUUCAAAUACUUGAAAACGUUCCAAAUACUCAUAAAUAUCACUUGACAGUCUUUCAUCCAACCAAUGCACAUUCCUUCUUUAAAGCUGUACAAAAAGAACACAAAUUGCUCAGAAAUUCUUUACCAUCGGGUGUGUGGGUGCGUUCAUUUGAAGAUCGUCUUGAUUUGUUGAGCGUUCUCAUUGAAGGCCCGAAGAACACGCCAUACGAAGACGGACUCUUUGCUUUUGAUAUUCAAUUAGGCCACGAUUAUCCAAUGAGUCCACCAUUGUGCCAUUAUAUUAGCUACUGCAGUGACCGUUUAAAUCCCAAUUUAUACGAGGAUGGAAAAGUUUGUGUAUCGUUGUUAGGUACAUGGUCGGGUCGAGGCAGUGAAGUUUGGUGUCCCAACAGCAGUACAUUACUGCAAGUGAUAGUUUCCAUCCAAGGACUUAUUCUCGUUGAUGAACCUUACUACAAUGAAGCUGGUUAUGAAAAACAGCGAGGAACACAACAAGGAAAGGAAAACUCCCGAAUGUAUAACGAGAUGGUUGUUCUUAAACUCGUUCAGUCAAUGACAAAGUUGAUUGCAUCACCGCCAGAAGUCUUUAAAGAUCAAAUUCAUGAACACUUUAGACGAGUGGGUGAAAGAUUCUAUAAAAGAAUAAAGUCGUGGAUGGAAUUGAGUGAGAUAAGCUCUAGUCAUAAAGACGAAGUUACCAAUGUGAAACCUGAGUUUCCAUUAAUUCCUGCUUCUAAAGGUUUCUGCUUAACAUUAGUGAGUUUUCUCGAAGGCUUUUAUAAGAAGUUGAAGGACAUCGAAGCAGUUUCUUAAACAGAUGUCUUUAUAAAUGAAUUACACGUUCCGCAUUAGUUAGCUAAUAUUUAAUUGAACUUAUUUUAUGCUUAGCUUUUAAUCGUUUCACAAAUAGAAACUUGCAGCAUAUCAUUUGUUUAAUGAAACAUAAAUAUUUAAGUAAUUAAACAUGAGAUUAUUUUCCUCGGAUUCAUCUAAUUUGUUGAUUCAUUUAUCUAUCAAUUUUGAUGUUCAAAUGAAAAAGACAACUUUUUCAAUUUAAAGAAAUUGUAAAUGAAAGCCUUAAAAUAAAAACAAAAAAUUAUUUAAAUGAAGAAAUCAUUAAACACAAACGAAAUUCCCAAAAAAAUGUAUUUCUAGGAUAAAAUUCGAGCCGAAAAAAUGAGAAGAAAAACUCACAAGCUAUGAUGAUAACAAUGACAAUUAGUAAUGAAAUGAUAAAAUAAAAAAUUAUUAAGCUCAAAAUUAUUCUUCAAUUUCGAAAAAUGAAUGAAGAAAUUUUAAGAAAGUAGAAAGAAAAGAAAUUUUUGCAAACAUAUUUGUGCCUUUGAGUUCAUUUUAAGCGUGUUAUUGUUUCUCGAUAACGCACAUACUCUUAUGUAUAGUUUAAGUAA